CUCGGGCCGGUCACGUGGCGCCCAAAAUGGCCGCGCCCGGGCGACUCUAGCGGAGCGUGGCGUGAGCCCUCGCGGGGCCGGAGGAGACCCGCCGAGGCCGCGGCUGCACGGGGACGCGCGUAAGGUACCGGCGCUCGGGAAGAGGGGCGCCGGCGGGAACAGAGAGAUGCGCAGCGGCCUGACGCGCUGUUCUGCCGCAGCGUGGCUCAAGAUGAAAAAUCAUGAACCAGAUGGUACUGUCAUCAAGGAGAACUUAAUUGAUAUCAUAGCCCGAAAAAUGAACCAACUCCCAGAAGCAGAAAGGAAUCUGCUUGAAAAUGGAUCAGCAUAUGUUGGACUUAAUGCUGCUCUCUGUGGCCUAAUAGCAAAUAGUCUUUUUCGACGCAUCUUGCAUGUGACACAGGCUCGUAUAGCUGCUGGCUUACCAAUGGCAGUGAUCCCAUUUUUGACAGCAAAUGUAUCUUAUAAAGGUUUUGUAAGUUUACCUUUGAAUACAGGUGAUCUGCAUUGUGAAACCUGCACAAUAAUACGAGGUGGAUUGGUUGGUCUUGUUUUCGGUGGCCUGUACCCUGUUUUUUUGGCUAUCCCUGUGAAUGGUGGCCUAGCAGCGAGGUAUAAUUCAGCCCUGCUACCAGAGAAAGGAAACAUCUUAAAUUACUGGAUUAGGAUUUCUAAGCCUGUCUUUAGAAAGAUGUUAUUUCCCAUUUUGCUCCAGACUGGGUUUGCUGCAUACCUUGGGUCUAGACAAUAUAAACUACUUAUAAAGGCUCUUCAGUUACCAGAACCUGGCCUAGAGAUUGAGUGAUUGUUAAGCAAAUCUGUACACAAAAAUAAAACUAUAAAAAUAA